AUGGCGAGCAUUUGGGUCUCUCAACUGGGAACCAUUUGCACAUCCAAGACGUUCUUGCUGUUUUCCUUCCUACUGCUACAGAAGCCUCUGUUUGGAAACAGCAGCCCCAUCUCUAACGCUCAUCAAAGAUAUCGUCCUGCCCCAGGACUGGGUGACGGGCAUGGAGGGGUGGUGGAUCCAAUGCUGUUGGAGCAAGAUGAUAGCACGAAGAUGCAAAAUCUACUGGAGAGUCUGAAAGAGCAGUUUCUGAGGACAUUUAAUCUGUCCGUUAUGGGUCCUUCAUCCCUGCAACCUGGAAGUGCACGAGAGGAUCCACCUGAGUACAUGAUGGAGCUGUACAACCGCUUUGCUAAUGACCAUACUGCCAUGCCCACAGCCAACAUCAUACGCAGUUUCAAAAAUGAAGAUUCAAAUCCAAGUGAUAUGGGUGUUGGAGGGGUGAGACGCCACCCGCUGCUCUUCAAUGUGUCAAUCCCCCAUCACGAGCGCAUCACGGCAGCUGAACUACGCCUAUACACCCUUGUACAGACUGACCGACACCUCUACGCCGGUGUUGACCGUAAGGUCACCAUCUAUGAACUGACAUCGCAUGACUGGUUUAACAUGACAGCCGAAAAGCUAAUGAGGGGAGACGAGUUUGCAGAGAUAGGCAAGCGGACUGAUGUUUUGGAACUGGCUUCACGUCAGGUGUUUGGGACAGAUAAUGGCUGGGAAGCUUUUGACUUAACUGCUGCCGUGCAGCGUUGGAGUAAAUCUGAUGGAGCAACAACACACCGAUUGGAGGUGCACAUUUCCAGCAUUGCUAAUGAAGAAAAUGCUGAGAGUAUGAAAGGGACCAGCAAAGAUGAGGGUCCAGCUGAAGAUGACAUGAGGAUUGAAAAUAGCCCAGAGGAAAAACAUAAACCCCUCCUAAUUGUUUUUUCUGAUGAUCAGAGCAGUGAUCACCGUGAUGACAAGCGUGAGUUGAACGAGAUGAUUGACCACGAGACCUCGAGUGCCGUUCUUCAAAAUGACUAUGGGACAGAAAGUGGUGGGCUUUGGGGUGAGGAUAGGAAUGAGGCUGAACCAGAUGAGGAAGAUCUUAUCCAGAUGCGUUCCAACCUUAUCUAUGACACGACAUCCCGCAUUCGCCGUAAUGCCAAAGGAAAUCACUGCAAGAAGCAAUCUUUGUAUGUAGAGUUUAAGGACAUUGGCUGGGAUAGCUGGAUCCUUGCACCCAGUGGUUAUGACGCCUUUGAAUGUGCUGGCAUUUGUUCAUACCCAUUGACAAAGCAUGUCACACCUACCAAACAUGCCAUAAUCCAGACUCUGGUAAACAUCAACAGUCCCCAGAAGGCUGCACGAGCCUGUUGCGUGCCCACCAAAUUAGAGCCCAUCUCCCUGCUCUACCUGGAUGAAAAAGGCGUGGUCACCUACAAGUACAAUUAUGAGGGAAUGGUGGUAGCAGAGUGCGGCUGCAGAUAGUCCAUGCAGACAGACAUUCAAAUACUCUGAAAAGUCUUACCACAACAGGAAGAUACGAAACACAAACAGCAAGAAAUUGAGCCAAAAUCUCUGAGAAUUGAAAGAGACGGUGAAAGGAAUCUCAAGAUUUAAACUGUGAGACCAGAAGUGCUCAUCUAAAACUGAUGAACAUUUGUGCCCUGCAAGAGGGCAAACUUGUAUUUUUUAACCAUAAAAUAAAACAAGUACUUAAUUUUGAAGUGGAGAGGCAUGAAUAUUAGUCACUAGUUGUAGAGCUGUGCAACAGAUCUACAGUCAGUUUAGUUGCUAAUACUGAAAAAGGAUUUCUGAAUCAACUGAGCCUUUUUUUCAAUCAGCACAGACUGGUGGGAAUGAGUGGGUCAGUCAUCCUCCUUCCUCUUUGCUCCCCUGACAUCUGUCUUCCUCUCUACUUAUCUCUGGCCUCCCCAUGCAAUGCAAACACUAAUCAGCACUUCAUGUGCCUUGGUAAAGUGAAAUGCCCUGUCUCUGGCAACCUGACAAGCCGUGAACUCUACAGGCCCAGCUACUGUCUGAUACGUGAGCUCUGUGCAGAGGUCCGGUUGGAAGUGGUUGUUUAUCUUGAUCCUGCUUCCCAAUUCACAUGGCUAUUUUCCACUCCCAGGAAUCACUGUGAUAGCAAGGUGUUGGUGGUUGAAAAAUAUGUGCACCACCACUAAGGCCUGGUGGACUUGAGGCCAUUCAGGGUAACCUUUGAUGCAGUAGUGACAUUGGAAAGUGGAGAAGUUGUCCAGGGAUUGUCCGAGUUUCAAAGCAAAUUUUUCAUCUAACUGACUUGUGUUACUCUGGCAAUUCUACAUUUAAUUAGGUAAUCGAUCACUUUUUGAAAACAUUUUGAUCAAAAACUGACUUUAAAUCUGAGAUAAAUGUGGCAGAGAAUCCGAACACGCAAUAUAAAUUUCCUAAAAGAAAUACUUCCCUUUGUUAUAAGCCAUUUGUCAUGUCUGCUGCUUGUGUCAAAUAAAAUACUAUUUAUUGUUCUAAUUUAUUAAUUUCUACAACAGAGUAAAUGAUUACAUAUGUAUAUUUGUAAGUGAGAAUAGAGAUUUUAUGCUUAUGACAAUGCAAUUGCAGCACAAGUUAAA